AUGUCUCCAUACUCAAAUGCUUCUGAAAGUAAUGACACAGAGAUGCAGUCCCCAGGUUGCUCUACUAAAACCGGCCUAUCAGCUGAAAACAUUGGUAAAACAUUAGCUUAUAGCUUGAUUUUUUUUGUUUCGCUGUCUGGAAAUGCUUUCAUUGUGAUUAUUGUUUACAAGGCGAAAGCCAUGAGGAAAACAAUCAACUUUUUGAUCGUGAACAUGGCAAUCUCCGACAUUUUGCUCCCAGUUUUCGCAUUUCCAGUUAUUGUGACAGAGUUUUAUACUGACUCCUGGCUUAUUGGUGGAACGUUUGGCCAGGCCAUGUGCAAACUGGUCCCCUUAAUCCACGAUGUUUCAACUGCCGUGUCCGUUCAAAGCUUAAUUCUUAUCACUGUGGAUCGAUUUAGAGCAGUGGUCAUUCCUCUCCGCUCUCCACUCAUCUCUCCCAAGCUAUGCCUGUUCAGUGUGUUUGCCAGUUGGAUCGUGGCAAUUACAAUUUUUUCUCCGUAUUUGUUCGCCGUUAAACUUGUCAGUGAAAUCCCUGGGAAAUUGAUGUGUACCCUAAAAUGGAAUGACACGUUUGGGGAAUCUUCAAAUCCCUUAUUCUUUUUCUUAGCUGUUUUGGCUGUAUUCCUUUAUAUACCCCUUGCCCUGAUGAUCAUACUGUAUUCGAUCAUACUCGUCAAGCUCAAGUCUCAGAGGCCUCCAGGAGAACAUUCAAUCAAGGCCAAGAAACAGUACAUUAAGAGACAGCGAAACGUACUCAAGCUGGCCGCUGCUAUUGUAAUUGCCUUUGCAGUGUGUUGGAUACCACUUAGUAUCUACAACGUCCUCUCUCUCCUUGUAUGGGAUAUAACUAAAUCAUCCUCGUGUAACAUGUUGCAAUAUCAUUUUAUUGCAUCAUUUAUGGGUCAAGCAAACUGUGCUGUAAAUCCUUGUAUUUGCUUUAUUUUCAGUGAAAAUUAUCGUUGCGGGCUGAAGAAUAUUUUCAAUUGUUUUGGCCCGCAUCCGGAGAGGAAUUCAAUUUUCCGCAAAACAGCAGGAUUUUCCCAUCCGAAAAAAAGGCGGUUCUCGAGUAAAAGUACGCGUCAUUCCUUGAUUGUCGAUGAUCAACCAAGUAAUAAUUUCGUCAUGAUUACGCCAGUAUAACACCCAUAUGUUUCUCGUCCCUACGUUGUUGUUGGGGGUAGGGAAGGGGGGAUAGGCAUAGGGGCUUAGGGAUGAAGCAUGCAGCACACUUUCGGAUAACGUAACUACCCUGCCCCACCCCAGUAUGAAGUUAAUUUUCACUUACAUUUCUCUUACGGCACGACAAAAUGCUAGAUCUGUUGAUUUGCAACUAAUGUGUUCAUGUGCCGUUAUGAUUAUAUAGUCAAUAAUUCAAUCUUGUCAUUAUUUGAUAGUAGUUGCUUGUUAGUAGCGUUUGCCGGGGGACAACCGCUGACUUGCUACAAAGGACGUUAAUAAAGUUUGUUAUGUACCGAUACGUCCUCUUUUAACAGACAUUAUUGAUGAAGAUUGAGAAUCUUCUUGAAAAAACUCAAACCUAAACGAAUAA